GAGGCUAAAAACUCGGGUAUACAAAAUAUACUAGCUUUACGUGGCGAUCCACCACGCGGUCAAGACUGUUGGACACCAAGUGAUGGAAAUUUUGUACAUGCAAUUGAUUUGGUAAAAUGCAUUAGAAAAAAGUAUGAUGAUUGGUUUUGCAUUGGAGUUGCAGGUUAUCCUGAGGGUCAUCCUGAUUCUGUUAAUAAAGCUCAAGAUUUACGAUAUCUUAAAGAAAAAGUUGAUGCUGGUGCUGAUUUUAUAAUUACACAAUUAUUUUAUGAUGUGAAUUCAUUUGUAGAAUGGGAAAAAGAAUGUCGUAAAAUUGGUGAUCAUUAUUUAUGA